CUCCUCCUCCUUCUUCUUGCCUACAGGGUCACUCUACAAUAGAUCUUCAGACAGGCUCUCUCUAUUAAUCCCUCUUUCAUCAUGCCACUCACUUCCAUGUUGACUGUAGCAUCCCUUCUUCCUGUUUAUUCAGCUCUCAAGUCUCCUUCUUCUUUAAAGAAAAAAAAAAAUCAGUGCUUCCCAAAAGUUUCCCCACUCCCAAAACAGGCCUCACCAAUAAGGAUCUAUCUAACAAAAUGUAAAUAUCUACUUCUUUUCUCCUAUGCAUCUCUUUCUAUUGAAGCACAGAUGUGUCCUUGUAUUUCCUGGGCUACUCUUCCUUUUUAGUCCAUUCUUCAAUUUUGGGACAACUUCCUAACCCUUUGCACCCUUGUAUUGCUAUUAGCUGCCACAGAAAUCACUCUGCAGUGCCCACUUGGAUCUGUCCUUCUUGUUUAGACUCAUAAUCAUGAUUGUCAUAAAAACUAUUGGCCUGUAUAAAGUAUGGGCUGACUAUCCCAGCAACCUUCUUCCAUACUUGAUUCAUAUAUAACAGACAUGUACUGCUUUAACAUUUACAAAGCUCUUCACAUAGAUGAUCUCAUUUGACCCUCACAACAGCAGCAUAAGGUAUGCUUUACAGUUAUUAUUAUCUCCAUUUAAAAGAUGAAGAAACUCAGUCUCUUAUAAGAGAUUCUGGUAAAAUGUAUGUGAAUUGGGCAUAGAUAUUCUUUUGUAGACUGUGUCCUCAUGAGAUGUCAAAGUUUAACUGGAUCUUUUGGUCCCUUGUUUGUGCACUUUUGUAACAUAUUCCUGAACUGAACUUUGGAAAUUUGUUAUAUUAAUGAUUUAUAAAUAAAGGGAUCAUCAGUAUAUAAGACACAAAGCAGGAAUGCUGUAGGGUCUCAAGAACCUGGAAAAUGUUUCCCAGGCCAGUUUGUAUUGAUGAUUUUGAAAAAUAUGCAAAAACAGUUCUUCAAAAGUCCAUCUAUGAUUACUAUAGAUCUGGUGCAAAUGAUCAAGAAACUUUAGCUGAUAAUAUUGCAGCAUUUUCAAGAUGGAAACUAUAUCCCCGGAUGCUCCGGAAUGUUUCUAAAAUAGAUCUGACCACCUCUGUUUUGGGACAGAGGAUCAGCAUGCCUAUAUGUGUUUCACCCACAGCCAUGCAACGCAUGGCUCAUGUAGAUGGAGAGAUUGCUACUGUGAGAGCAUGCCAUUCUGUGGGAACAGGUAUGAUGCUAAGCACCUGGGCGACUUCCUCCAUUGAAGAAGUAGCCCAGGCUGCCCCUGAGGGCAUUCGAUGGCUGCAGCUGUACAUCUACAAAGACCGGGAGAUCACCAAACAGCUUGUGGAGAGGGCUGAGAGGAAUGGCUACAAGGGUAUUUUUCUGACUGUCGACACUCCUUACCUGGGCAACCGCUUUGAUGACGUGCGCAACAGGUUCCAAUUGCCACCGCAUCUCAGGAUGAAAAAUUUUCAAACCAAUGAUUUGGCCUUUUCUUCUGAGGAGGGUUAUGGAGACAACAGUGGUCUGGCAGAAUACACAGCUAAUGCAAUUGAUUCAUCAAUUAACUGGAAGGAUAUUACCUGGCUGAAGAAACUGACAACCCUCCCAAUUGUUGCCAAAGGCAUUCUCCGAGCUGAUGAUGCCAGGGAAGCUGUGGAAUAUGGCGUCAAUGGGAUAUUGGUGUCCAAUCAUGGUGCUCGCCAACUGGAUGGAGUGCCUGCCACUAUUGAUGUCCUGCCUGAAAUUGUAGAGGCUGUGGAGGGAAAGGUGGAGGUGUUCUUGGAUGGGGGUAUACGUAAAGGAACGGAUGUGCUGAAAGCCCUUGCUCUUGGGGCCAAGGCUGUAUUUGUGGGGAGACCCAUCAUCUGGGGAUUGGCUUAUCAGGGAGAGAAAGGAGUGAAGGAGGUUCUGGAAAUGCUGCAAGAAGAAUUCCGGUUGGCCAUGGCUCUUACUGGGUGCCGGAAUGUAAAAGACAUUGACAAGACAUUGGUGAGGAUAAAUCCAUUGGUUGUUUCCAAGAUCUGACAGUGCACACUAUUUUCUCAUCUGUAUUCUUUCUUUCAGCAUGUGUUUCUUGACAAAGAGACACUGUGCAGAGGGUGACCAUACUCUGUAAUUUUGAGCCACCAUACAAAGAGCUUCGUUCUUCCCCAACAAAAUAGAAACCCCUUUUAGUUCAUUGCUAUUGACUUUUCAAUGGAUGUCCCAGGAUCAUUUAAAAAAAAUGCACUUGCAUCCUAGGAAUAUAUUAGCUGUUAAAAAAGAAAACAUUGAAAAUGAGUUUAAACAACUUAAUUCUCUAAAAAGGUAAAAAAAUAUACCUUGGCAAAAUUUGGGGCCCAUUACUGACAAACAAAUGACUGUCCAGAGGGGUUCCCUCAUUCAAAUUGGUGGAGAUAGCCUAAAAAUUGUGUCUCUUAAGAUUGAGGUCAUGAGCUUAAGGACAGAUUGGAGGCAGGGCUGUGAAACUGAUUUGAUGAAUAAGAAGCAGGCUUUGCAUUAUUUGGGAGUGUGCCACUUAAUGAUAUAUGAUAAGGAGUUUGCUUGUUUUACAACUGAAACCCUCUCUUGUCCAUGGUCUACUUCCUUUUUGUCCCUUCUGAGUACUAAAGAUCUAUAUUACUCUAAUUCUUUUGAUAUUUUCUGAUGAUUUCUCCACCUCUGUUACUUUCUUAUUUUCCAAAUCAUCCAUUACUAUUACAGUCUUGGGGGAUGCUCCCAAAAUCUCCAGGCUAGAAGGGUUGUUAGAAGUCAUCCAGUCGAUGUUGUCCAAGGAUAGGAAUAUCUUCUACAAUAUUUUUGACAAGUGGUCAUCCAGGCUCAAUUUGGAAGUGUACUAAAGAAAAACUCACUACCUCUCAAAAUUAUGAGGUUGGAUUUUUUUUUCUCCUGAGAAAAGUCACUUAACUCAGUCCCCCAAGGGUUAUAGAAGCCUUUGCGGUAUAGCAAAAUGAAAAUGUUGGAGAAUUAAUCACUGCCUGAAAAUGCUACACAUUUUGUAGAUCUUUCCUCUACUUUUCAAAUUGGGAUGACCCCAUUUAUUAAUCUAUCCUUAUAAAAUUCACUAGCACAAAGAUUUACUUUACCUGAUUUUUUAAAAAUUAACUAUACCUAGAGAAUUUUGUUUUCAAGUAUGUAGAGCAAAUACUGUAGUUAUACUAUAGGAUUUGAAUCAGAAGAUUUUUUUUUCCUUUUUUUUUUUUAAAGCUGGAAGGGACCUCACAGAGCAACUCCCUCAUUUUUAUGUAUGAGGAAACUGAGGCCUGGGAAAGUUAUGUAACUUACCACGGUCACACAAAUAGGAAUCAACAGACCUCAGAUCAUACCAAUUCAUUUUUUAAAUUAGUUCUGGAAUCAAUCAACAUCAAUAAAUCAAUCAUCCAAAAGGCAUGUACUGGGUCCCUGCUAUUUGCUAACUGUGCUAGAUAUAAAACUAUCCAGUGUGGUACCUACUAUGUCACAAAGUUUUAAUUUUUUUUUGGCUAAAUAAUACAUAUAAUUUUAAUGCCUAAAACCUUAGGGAUUAUCUAGUUCAAUGCACUCUUUGUGUAAAUGAGAGAAUAGAGAGAGACUAAGUGACUGGUUCAAGGUGUCUUAGCUUAUUGGUAGCAAAGCCGUGAUUAGAAACAAGAUCUCUUGACUACCAGACCAGAGCUUUACUCCCCUACCUCCCUUUUCUAGACUAGAUUUAACCAAAGAAUAAGUUAUUUCUUGGGAACUUGUCCAGAAGGAUCAAGAAACCUCUUCAAAAUUAUAUAAAUAGAGAACUAAGAGCAGAGCUCAUGAAAUGUGAGUUUCUCUUCUUUUGUUUAGCCUAAAGAAGCAUGCUUCCAUUUCCACGAAGAUUCAUGUUUCUAUGUCAAUGUGGAUUUUCACAGAAAUUUUAAGUGUAAGAAUAUAUCCACAGGGUUGUGCUGGUAAAUGUUUAACAACUGGAUCUCCAGAAGAAAAAAAAAUGUGCACAGCACACACAAGUUCAAUCUUUUGUAAUUAAUGUAUUUUAAUAAUAAUAUUUUCUCUAUUACUUUCUUGGGCAUAAAUAAACAAUAAAUCAAGGUCUGAUUUGUAGCAUUUGCCAAUUUUCAAGGCAUAAAUGAUCACACUGAAAAUUUAACAAUUGACUCUCUCAAGCCAAUUUGAAAUGGCUCUAGCACACCUCGUGUGUACCCAUAUCUAUUGUAGCAACGUUUUCAUGAAAAAUCAUAUAGUGACAUGAGCAGGUAUAAAGAACAUGGAGAAGUGAAAAUAAAACACAAUGGUUUCUUUA